CGGAAUCUGAGUGGAUAACAUGGUAGACCAUCAAACCCGAAGGCACUGUUGACGCCAAAAAAUGUUCAGCAAAUUCCUCGUAAACGCCGGAUUAUGUGCCGGUCGUCGAGAAAGCACGAAGGGGAUACAGAGGGUGACGGCGACGCUGAACCGCAAUGGGGACUUGGGACGUGACGAGUCGACUGUGGUCGGCACCGACCCCAAACCCAAAACCAUGGAGGACCUGGACGGACCGAACUUCCUCACGUCUUUAUACUGGCUUUUCGGCAAGGGCUAUUUCCAGACCACACAUCUGAUGCAAAUUGAACACAACAAGAUCUAUGGUCCUCUUUGGAAGUCCAAGUAUGGCCCUCUGGUCAUAGUGAACGUGGCCAGUGCGGACAUGAUUGAGCAGGUACUGAGGCAGGAGGGUCGACACCCGGUUAGAACAGACAUGCCACACUGGCGGGGCUACCGAGAGCUCCGCCACCAGGCCUAUGGACCUCUGACAGAGAUGGGAGCUAAGUGGCAGCGUAUUCGGAGCAUCCUCAACCCUCGAAUGCUGAAGCCCAAGCAUGUCUCGUCCUACAGCAACGCUAUCAACGAAGUGGUCACAGACUUCAUCGACAAAGUGGCCUGGUUGAAGGAAACCAAAGGCCAAGGUGUCAUGGUCCAUGACCUAGCAGGGGAGCUCUACAAGUUUGCGUUCGAAGGGAUCAGUUCGGUGUUGUUUGAAACCCGCAUGGGCUGCCUGAACGAGGCGGUGCCAGAGGAGACCCAAAAGUUCAUCACUUCGGUGGGGGAAAUGUUUCGCAUCUCUCCUAUCAUCAUCCUCUUCCCCAGAUCCACCUGGCCCUACCUGCCUUUCUGGAAACAGUUCGUAGCCGUUUGGGACCAUCUCUUUAAAGUCGCUGAGGUGUUGGUGCAGCAAAAAAUGGAGGAGAUCCACAAGAAAGUGCGCCUGGGACAGCCUGUGGAGGGCGAGUACCUCACCCACCUGCUGCUGAGCGAGCAGAUGACCAUCAACGAGAUCCUUGGCAGCAUCACUGAACUGCUGCUGGCAGGAGUCGACACAACAUCCAACACCAUCUCCUGGUCUCUGUACCACAUGGCGAGGGAGCCGGAGAUCCAGGAAAAGUUGUACCAGGAGGUGAUGAGCGUCUGUCCGGGGAACAAGGUGCCAGCCAGCGAGGACAUUGCCAGGAUGCCCUACCUGAAGGCUAUCAUCAGGGAGACCUUACGGCUUUAUCCUGUGGUACCUGGUAAUGCCCGUGUCACUGUUGAAAAUGAGAUAGUGGUUGGAGGUCAUCUGUUCCCUAAAAAGACUUUGUUCCACCUGUGUCACUUUGCUGUGUCCUAUGAUGAGACGGUCUUCCCGGAGCCCCACGCCUUCCUGCCUCAGCGCUGGCUCCGAGGAGGGGAAGAGAAGGGGAAGCAGCACCCAUUUGGGUCGGUGCCCUUCGGUUUUGGGAUCCGGGCUUGCCUGGGCCGGAGGGUGGCCGAGCUGGAAAUGUAUCUCCUCCUGUCCAGGGUGAUAAAACAUUACGAGGUGAGGCCAGACCCUGCAGGAAACACUGUUGAACCAAUCACUCGAACCCUUCUUGUUCCCGCUACGCCCAUCAACCUGCAAUUUCUAGACAGGGGAGUGCAACAGAGGGAGCCAAUAGCAGAGGCGGGAGCUUCUCGAUGAACUGUUUGUGUAUCCACACCGCGUUGGCUUCUUGUCAAUCAAAAACUUGUUAUUGAGUAGUUUCACAUAGUGAGGAUUGCCUCAAAUGACCCGUGGCAAUACGUGAUCCAGUCUAAGUAUUACCAUUUUGGAAGAUUUCAGCCUCCUAUAACUUCCUUUACAGGAAAAUAGCAGUACUACUUUACUAUGCAAACACUGUUCAUGCAACUGUGAGCUUACUUUACUGAAAAAUGAUGUUGUUUUUACUUUUUUUCUGCUUUCAUGUGCAAACCAGAUAACAUCUAUUUUGGUGUCUUUUUUUAUGUGUGCUGUAAACAAGGCUUGAACAAAUUAGUCCAGAAAUGAUUUUUAAUGGAUUUGUGGGCGUCAAUUCAAAUUACUGUUUGCAGACACAAUUUUCUCUGACUGUAGCAACCAUGCACUCUAUUCUAAAAUGUUUUAUUGUAUGUGUUAGUAUGUGUUGUUUGUAAUUUUUCAUAUAAAUUGUGUGACCCCUUCAAGAGUUGUAUUAUGAUCUAAAAGACUACUACUGAAUUGUGUGAGAUACUGCAUAUAAGGAGGGAAAGCACAUGCUGUUCAUUUAUGACAAAUAAUACUGCCUUGGCGCCACAGAGGUGGCAUCUCUGACCUCCUCUGUGCCAUAUUCAGUUUGUUAUUGUGUAGCGGUGGAGCAAUACUGCCCCACGCCAUGGCAUUAAAAAGUGCAUGAUAGAUGUAGUUGCUGUUCAGCUGUAAUAAACCACAGAACCACCCUACCCCAGCAUACAUUAAUGCUUGCUGAUGUUGUGUUAUGGGAAAGUCAUUGCAAUGUCUAGUGAAUCUGACUGAUGGAAUGUUAUGCAAGGUAUGACAGCUUGCCUCAAAUAAUAGACACGAGUGGGUCAGUCGGUCGCAGGGUCAUGACUACAGUAUAAUUUAUGUUACAUUGCACAUCUGAUUUUCAUUUUGCACAACUUCUAAAGGCCCCUCACUGGCCUCGCUGACUGCCGUCAAAAUGUACAAAUCAUAGAAGAGUUUGACAUUUUAUCAAA